CCAGUGCAACAGCAGACCGGGAAUGCGACUGCAAGAGCGACAUUCACUUCCUUGAUAAUUGGCGCCUGCGCACAACGCCGUCAGCUUGUUACUGAGGGGAUUGUUUGUGAACAAACCAGACUUGAGAGAGUGAGUUGCAGAAUGGCGAAUUACAAGGCUGCUGAUUCCAAGAGGGAACAAUUUAGAAGAUACUUGGAGAAGGCAGGAGUACUUGAUACAAUAACAAAAGUUCUGGUGGCAUUGUAUGAAGAGCCAGAAAAGCCAAACAAUGCAUUGGAUUUCUUAAAACAACACAUGGGUGCUGCCGGACCUGAAACGGCAGAUGUGGAAGCUCUUCGUUUAGAGGUAGCAGAACUGAAACAGAAAUAUGAGGCAGUACUGGAAGAAAACAUAGAACUGAAAGCAAAGCUUGCACAACAUGAACCUCCUCCAGAUGAAAAGUGUUCAGAAUAAGUCAUUUUACUUUCUACCUACAUCAAUACUGCACUGGAAAUGGAAAUAUAUAAGCUUGAGUUUUGUUCUAUUUUGAGCACAAGGAGAGGCACAUUUGGUAUCAAAUUUCUAAAAUUAUUUUCUAAAUAAACUACUUAUUUAAACCA